GGCGCUGCGGGGAGCUGCGGAGCGGAGCGGCGCAGACGGGACCCACGUGCGGCCGCCGGUUCGGUGCCGCCUGCGCCGGACCAUGGCCGAGAGCGCCCCGGGGCCGCGGCCCCAUCUCAGCCUGCCCCAGGAUGCUCCGGACAAGGAGUCAGACCAGAGCCCCGAGUCGCCGGCACUGAGUGUGACCCCCAGCGAGGAGGAGGAGGAGGAGGAGGAAGACUCCCAGUGGGCAGUGGGAGACGCCUGCCGUGCCAUCUGGUCAGGCGACGGGCUGCUGUACCCCGCCACGGUGCGGGCGCUGGACGCCGCGGCGGGCACCUGCCUGGUGGAGUUCGACGGCUACGGGAACAAGGAGGAGCAGGCGCUGGCGGAUCUCCUGCCCCCCUGUGCCACCCCCACGGCGGCUGACCCGGGGCCCCAGGGGGUGGAAGAGGGUCCCCGCGGGGAGCCCCGGAGGCCGAAACCUGCCCCGUCGUGGGAGCUGCCCCCGGGCAGGCGGAGGAAGAGCAGCAAGGGUGAGCGGGCGCCCUGCUCCCCCCAGGCCCCCGAGCUGGUGCCUCCGCCAUGGCCCCCAGCCCCGCUGCACACACUCCAGGAGGAAGAGGAGGAGGAGGAAGCCUUGGCUGCGAUGCUGAUGUCCUGGUAUAUGAGCGGGUACCACACCGGCUUCUACAUGGGUCUCCGUGAGGGCCGGGCAGAGGCAGCCACAUUCCUGCCGAGACGAGGCUGCAGGCAGAAGAAAGCGUCACCGCGCAGCUAGGAGGACAGCUGGAUCCAUGGCCCUGUGCCCUGCUGGAGGGGCAGGUCUGGGGCAGAGAGCAGCACUCCCGGUCUCACCUUGUGGUUGGAGGGCCCAGCAGUGGGUCCCUGGGAGAAGAGGGAGCCGCUAUCCCCCUGCCAUGGGCUGGCUCUGCAUCAGUGCCCGGCCCCAGAGGUGCCGCGGCCCCGUGGGCUGCCCCGGCUGUGCUCCCCUCCCGCAGGGAUUUUGGAAUAAAGCUGGUGUGUGGCA